UGGUGUACUCCCGGUUUGAACUAGUCACUCUGGGGCAGGUUUGUUAUGAGCUAGCAAAUUAUCAUUCCCGCUAUCUUCCUCCGUAUUUCAACUAAACUAGCAGUUUCUACCGUUUUAAUUUGGCCUCCAGCAGCUCGACUAUGCUCACGGUUUCGUUUCUCCUCUACUGCGUUUUUCUUAAAACCGCCACCUGUCAUAGCAGCUAGCUAGUUAGCCUGUAGCUGCUAACCGGAGUGAAGCAGGUGGAGCGCAGCUUUAAUGUUUGCUGCUGACCGUCAUUCAUGGCAACUCGACAGCCCUUCACAGACACCGACACUGCUGAUGAAGCGGUGAGGGCGACGUGUGACGACGCCACCACCUGCAAAAGAUUUGCAACCAGUAAAGCCUACUGGAAGGACCCAUAUAUCCAGUACUUUGCGAGGUCUGUCGGAGAGCGGAAGGCUCCUGAAAUCAACAGAGGUUAUUACGCCCGUGUUCAAGGUGUAAACCAUCUCCUUGAUGCGUUUAUAAGGAAAGCAGAGUGCGACUGUCAAGUAAUAAACCUGGGUGCCGGACUGGACACCACAUUUUGGAGAUUAAAGGAUGAAAAUCUCAUGCCGCGGAAGUUCUUUGAAGUUGACUUUCCAACUGUCGUGGCCAGAAAAAUACACAAUAUAAAGACGAAGCCCCCACUGUCCAAACCCAUCAUCGAAACCCACUCAACAGACUCCUUACUGCUAGAUGCCCACAGCCUUGACUCAGAUCGUUACUGCAUCAUCGGAGCAGACCUCAGAGACGUCUCGAAUUUGGAUGAAAAGCUGAAGAAGUUCCAACUUAACCCAGAAUUACCGACGUUGCUGCUGUCGGAGUGUGUGCUGGUCUACAUGACGCCAUCCCAGUCUUCCAAUUUAGUUCACUGGGCAGCAGACACCUUCCACACCGCAAUGUUCAUCAACUAUGAACAGGUGAACAUGAGCGAUCGAUUCGGCCAGGUGAUGAUCGAGAACCUGCAGCGUCGCCAGUGCACCCUGGCAGGAGUAGAGGCCUGCCAGUCUCUGGACUCUCAGAAGGAGCGGUUUCUGAAGGCUGGCUGGGAGAAUGCCGAUGCUCUGGAUAUGAUGACGGUGUACAGUAUGCUCCCUCAGGACGAUGUAGCAAGAAUCGAGCGUCUGGAGUUCCUGGAUGAGAAGGAGCUGCUGCAGCAGCUGCUUCAACACUACAGCAUCUGCUGGGCAACCAAGGACAAACUCAACCUGGGUCUGUCACAGUUGGCGUUUUGAGUGCGAAACUGCUCCACUGUUGGACAUGCUUUACAUGCGAGUUCGCCAAAGUCAACAACAGGAGAAGAUUUGUGAAAGGAGCUGUUGGGAAAGAGGAAGCCCUUAUUCUCCACCAAGCCCUCAUCUGGGAGCUGUUCCGGUGAGGAAAAAAUCCCCGCAUCAGCAGAACGUGAUUUCAUGAGCGUCCUUUGUAACCCAUACACGCUGAAGAUAAGACGCAAUUAGACUGAAAGCUGCGAAGAGGUUUGUCACAACGCUGGCGACGGACUGUAUAACGGAUCGAGUUUGUCAGUUUGCUCCCGGCCGCUGUUGGUCUGUGACUAAACAACCACAAACACCCGCUCACCUGUGUUGGAAAGUAAAAGAAUGUGUGAAGAAUUUUAGAUGUCGUAUAGUCUAUCCUCGUCUGGUUUUUAUGUGCCAUUUUCCUUUUUAUUUAUUGAUCCGACACAUUUUCUUACAGAACAAACUCGCAUGCUAGCGUCAAAUUCCAACAAAUGCGUUACCUGCAAUAAACCGGUUCAUUUUCAUUUGCCUGUGAAAUCUUUUCUAUUUUUGAGCCUAGCAAAAAGAACAUGACAGAUUAGUUUUUAACAGAUUGUAUCUGAUGAAUGCUCAUCAAGUGCAAUUAAAUAAAAACAUGUUCUUUUAUCUAAAA